GAAGAAGCCGCUCUUGCUCUGAUGGCGACAGCCGACGCAGUGCAGGUGAAUAGCAAAGAGCGUUUCGUAUGCGGUUUAUGUUUGUGCCGUGUCGCUGUCUGCCUGUCCUGUGUGCAGAAGUUCAAUAUGUUGCGCGAGGAGUACAACGGCGCGUGUGACAUCAACAAGUGCAAGGCGCUCCUCAACGAGAUGAAGGUCCUGAUCGCCCAAUUCCCCUCCGUCGCACUCCCACCCCCGUCAGAGGUACACACAGUGAUUGAUUGAUAGAUGGGCAGGGCAGGGCAGAUGAGAUGCAGAGAUGAGAUGCGGCAAUGCAAUGCACACACCACGCAGGGAGGCAGGGAGGGAGGGGAGUCCAUUGCCCGGCCUCCUGUGUAUGUGUCAUGCAUCAAUCUGUCAGGUAUCUCAGAAGGAGCUGCUAAUAGCUCGUGAGACGCUCGAGUAUGGUGCCUUCCUCAGCGUUCGCAACGAGGACGUGCAGUCAUUCGAACGGUGGGUGCAAACACACCACAGACAGACAGACAGACAGACAGACAGACGAGGGAGCCACAGAUCCCAUUCAUUACCAUACCAUGGUGAGAAUGUAUGUGUGUUUAGGUACGUGGUGCAGCUGAAGAUGUAUUACUACGACUACAGCAAGGAGCUACCGCCCAGCCAGAGGCAACUCAUCAUCCUCGGCAUGUACCUCCUGCACCUACUCUCAAGCAACAGGAUUGGUACACACACACACAACUAAGCAUACAUUUGUGCAGCUGCAAACGGACCGGCACGUCAUGUGGUUUGUGCCACCUGUCUGUGUGUGUGGGUGUCAACAUGCAGGUGAGUUCCACACUGAGUUGGAGUUGAUCCCGUCUGAGUUGCGUUCGAACGUCAAUCUCAAGUUCCCCGUGGCGCUCGAGCAGCACCUCAUGGACGGCAACUACAACAAAGUCAUCAAUGCCAAAACUAACGUCCCACUACCACAAUACAGGUAAACAGGUAGCCAGACAGCCGGCCACGCGCUGCAGCACCCACCAACCACACACACGGACAAUGUACGUGUGUGCGUCUGUGUGUGUGUAUGUCAGUUUCUUCAUGGACCGUUUGGUGUCGACAGUGCGUCAUAAGGUGGCGGCGUGUCUGGAGAAGUCGUAUCCGUCCGUGGACAUCGCCUUUGCCCUCCGAGCGCUCAUGCUUGACACCGAAGAGGUCACACACCCAGCCAGCCACCUUGUCUGCCUGCCUGCCUGCCUGCCUGCCUGCCAGGGAGGGAGGGAGGGAGGGAACCACUGACUGACACUGAUCACAUGCCCGUGCGUGUAUGUGUGUGUGUUUAGGAUCUAAAGCGCUUCGCUGAGUCUGAGAAUCAGAGGAAGCAGGAACAAGGUGCGUUCGAGAUUCGGUGGGAGGUCAAGGAGCGGCUGGAGUUCCAGCAGGUGCGAUGGAUGUAUGUCUGCACGUUUGGGGAACUAGAGGGCGGCAGGGAGUGCGGAAUCGCAACACAGCCAGCCGAUCGAUCUCCCUGGCCGUUUUCAUAGGGAUGCCGGGUGCGUGUCUGUGUGUGUGUGUGUGUGUGUGUGGUCAGGUGAUGACUCAGAAGCCCGAGAUCAGUUCCACAGAGCUGCUCCACCACACCAUAGGUAGAUGCCCACACAUAACACAACACCCUAUCAACGAUUCAUCAUGGCUGGUGGUGUGGACGUAUGGAUGGCUGCAGCAUACGCGACGGAGCUGGAGCGAAUUGUCUGACCUCAUCUGAUGCUCUGUUGCGUGCGUUUCAUCCUCUGCUUUGGCUAUUACCAUAUCAUUGGACUGUCUGGACACACAUGAUAUGAUGCACUUUUGGUGUCAAUACCUUCAUGAGGGUUUUGGCGCUCAACGAUAGUUGACGUGUAAGAGGGUUGCAAGUAUUCCAUCAAAUGUGUCGCU